AUGCAGUGGCAGUGUGUGAAGAGAGAUCAUGAUCUCUCUACUAACAAAGAUUGCUCUUGGUUUGUGGUGAUUGAGAAACAUGCUGUUUUAACUGAAGUGAGGGGUUUUAGUGAUCCACAUAUUGAUAAAACAAGAUGUUUGGAAAUCAUUAAAAGGCUUCUGUAUCUUCUCAAUCAAGGUGAAAUAUUCACAAAGAGUGAAGCUGCAGCUAUACUUUCUUCCGCGGUUAAUCUGUAUCGGUUUCAAGAUGCUCAUUUGAGAAGAAUGUUUCAUCAAAUUGCAAGGGAUCUUUGCCCUAUUGCAGAUGAGGUUUCUCUAGUUACUAGUGCCUUACUUAAAGACGUCAACACCGGUAAUGUUGCAUAUCGGGCGAAUGCUAUUCGUUUGCUUUGUCAUAUUACAAAUGACGCAUCCUUAAACAAAGUUGUGAAAUUCCUCUAUGAGGAUCUUUGUGAUGACAAUCCUACUCUUCAAAUUGCUUCCCUUGUGUGUUCAAUCAAUCUGGUAAAGAGAGAUCCAAGGAUGGCCAUCACACUCAAUCAAGUAUACCCUGAGACCUCUUUUUUCGAUAAAGGAAAACACGUUCAGUUCCAUGCCAUAUAUCUAGAAUUUGUGAUGGGAGAAGUACGUCAUGCGGGAGAAGUACGUCAUACGGGAGAAGUAAAUCCUACGGCAGAAGUACGCCGUUAUCAUUUCGGCGAAUUAUUGGAAAAAUUAUAUAGGCUUUGCUCUUGGUGUUCUUCGCCAUUGGGGACUUACAUCCUGAUUCGCGGUAUUCAUCAGGCUACACGAGGUCGGUCUUGCUACGGGGUUGGUGGUAUCGCCGAACUCAUAUGGUCUUGUAUCAAUGGUAAAGAUAAAAUGUUGGCAAUAGAAGGAUUCUGGUCACUAGAAGGGGUGGACCUCCAGCCUGGUUGUAAACUGAAAGAUGGCAUAGAUGUUAUGCGCCGAAUUCUUCGUUCUCACAAGCCUGUGGUGAGGUUUAGUGCUUACAGGGCAUUGCAGAAGGCGAGGAUUGUGCACAAUGUGGAAUGGAUUACUCCAGAGGAUCAUAGAUUAAUGGGUUCCUCUAAGUUAUAUAUGGAGGAAUUCAACCAUCGUGAUGAUGAGCUUGAAGCUGAACAUGUACCUCAAAUUAUUAAAUCUCAAUCAUUUGCAGUCAAGGAAGCUUCAACUCAUCACUGCAACCUCAUGCCUAGGCACAAUGUAUAAUUAAUUAAUUAUGGUUUCUAUUUCACACUUUGU